GGAUUCGCCAGCAGUUGCCGUUCGAGCGUUCCCAGAUCGAGAAUCCGCCAACAUAAUCUAUCUAUAUAUCAUUUUUUUUUUCAAGUGACUUGUGUGAUCUGUGAUUUUUGUUCAAAGCGCGAAAAUGUUGCGACCUCUGUUGACCGUUGCCCUUGUGCUUUUCGGCUUUUCCUCGGCCAUUUUGGCCGGUCGUCUUAGCCAGCGGUACUUGCCCACUCCGCAGGCGAGUCAGCUGCACUACCAUGGUGUGAGUGGCCAAGGACAUGCUCGUCCUGGCGCAGGACAUUCCUUUGGAGGCGGCUCCAGCUUCCAGCGACAGCAACAGCCCCAAAUUCCCAUCGUGAGGAGCGAUUAUAACAGCGACGCCAAUGGCAACUACAACUUCGGUUUUGACACUGGUAAUGGUAUUCACCGCGAUGAGACCGGUGAGUUCCGCGGAGGAUGGCCCCACGGAUCGCUGGGUGUCCAGGGAUCCUACUCAUACACUGGGGAUGAUGGCAAGCAGUACACGGUGAACUACACGGCCGAUAAGAACGGAUUCCAUGCCGAAGGUGCCCAUCUACCCGUUUCUCCCUCGGUUCCCGCUGCUCCAGCUGGACGCAGCUCUUAUGGCGCUGGUGGAUCUGGCUACCGUGGAUCGGCCUCAUCGCAUGUCCCAGCUCCUGCUCCUGCCACCCGAUAUCUGCCACCAGGAUAUCGCCAGCGCAGGCACUACUAGGUGAUACAAUCGAUGAGAUGGACAGAAGCCUACGAGCCAUUAAUCUGCUAUUAACACUGUAAAUUUCAAUAAAUUGACACUUCUUCUGGUAAUUUUGGAAAACAUA